AUGGUCUUUUUCCAAGAAACAAAACAAUCAGAUAUUUCUGCACAGUUUGCGAAGUCAUUAUGGCCUGGGGAUGAUAUGGAUUUCAUGGUGGUUGAUUCUGACGGUGCGGCGGGAGGUUUGUUAUGCAUUUGGAAAACAAAUGUCUUCAAGUUAACUCAGUGCUGUUGUACGAGGAAUUGCAUUCUCUUCUCAGGUACUUUUUCACCUGAUUUUGACUGUGUAUUUGUAAACAUAUAUGCACCGAAUGAUGUGUCCAAGAGGGGAAAGUUCUGGGAAGUUAUGUUAAAGUUGAGGGCUGAUUUUAAUAAUCCAUGGUGUCUUGCUGGAGAUUUUAACGAAAUAAGGCACCUAGGGGAAAGGAGAGGUUGUUCUCGAAGAGAUAAAGGAAUGAUGGACUUCAAUCAGUUCAUUGAGACUAUGGAACUCACAGAUCCUCCUAUGAUGGGUCGACAAUUUACAUGGUGCAACUCCAAUGAUGGUGAAAGGUGGAGUAGGAUAGAUAGGGUACUCAUGGCCUCGGAAUGGGUGGAGAGGUUUAAACUCAAAUUGUGGGGUUUGGAGAGAACAAUCUCAGAUCAUUGCCCCUUGUUGCUUAUGGAGGAUGGUAGGGAUUGGGGUCCUAGGCCAUUUAGGUUCAUCAAUGCCUGGUCCUUACACCCACAAUUCCGUAAGUUGGUGAAAAAAGCAUGGGAGGAUUCAUCUAUAUCCGGCUGGGCAGGGUAUGUGAUUAUGCGUAAAUUAAAAGACCUAAGGCUCGCACUAAAAAAAUGGAACUGCUCACUACCGAUGGAGCUGGUACUAAAUCCCGCGUGGUAA